AUGCUCGACGUUGGUUUCUGCAGGUCGUUUGUCUCUACAAAAAUCCAGAACAGGCAAUGGAUGCAUUUCUCCCUUCUCGUGAUCAAGGGCAUUCUCCAAAUCAAGAGCUGGAAUGCAGAUCAAAAACAGAUUGCUGAAGCCGACGCACGCUUCGGUGAAAUCCUGGUCAUUCUCAACCAGCAGGGUCUCCCGAUGGUCUUCGUCAAAGACUCAAAUAAGUGGGUCCGUGGCAACUGCCUUAUCUCAACUACAGUCAACAAACAGCAACACAACGGUACGCCGAGCUCUCCGGCCUCGAUCUCGUCCCCUCCUCCUUCGCCAGGGCCAUCCAAGAAGCGUUUGCGUGACGACGCAAUGUCCCUUCCCGAUGAACGCGAAGAUGCAAGGUCUGUGAGGGAUUACCGCCCUAUUCUGAAACACAAGCAAGCGCAAGAGGAGCCUGAAGCAAAGCGCCAACGUUGUGUCUCCUUUGUCGGCCUUUCCGACAAUAUGUUCUACAAGAAGUACCAUCAGGCGACUCAGCCGGUUCAGCCAGUUUCGUUCUAUAAUCCGCUCCGAAAUCAGUCGACAUCUUCAUCCUCUUGA